UUAAGUUUUUUUUCAGAAGCAUGGUUGCUGGUUAGUGGCUUUGGCCUUGCCCCUUGGAUGAAGCAAGCUUGAGCACAGAGCAGAGCUGAGUUAAUUAGGACAGGGAAGUGGUUCAGUCUGAGAUAGCAAGAGAGAGAGAGAUGGCGGACCGAUUCUUCCAAAAUACGAUGCCGAAUUUUCUAGCAGAGGGACCUAAAGACGAGACGACACCAUUUGAGACAGGCCAAGAUUCGCUCACAAAGCUUCUCUCUCUUCCAUACAAAACACUCAUAGACAGUCUCAAAAGAUCUGCCUUGGACCUCAAACAAACGGUGGUGAGAGAGACUUGGGGUUUGAGUGGAAAACGAAUACAAGAUUAUACAGUGUAUACUGGGACUCUUGGAACGGCAUACUUAGUCUUCAGAGCUUAUCAAGUUACGAAGAAUCAUAAUGAUCUUAAAUUAUGCUUAGAAAUGGUCAAUGCUUGUGAUUCUGCCUCCAGAGAGUCUAGCCGUGUGACAUUCUUGUGUGGCCGAGCUGGUGUUUGUGCUCUUGGUGCUGUUGCAGCGAAUCAUGCUGGUGAUGAAAGGCUACUUGACCACUACUUGACGCAAUUCAAAGAGAUUGAACUCUGUAGUGAAUUGCCUAAUGAGUUACUAUAUGGAAGAGUUGGGUUCUUAUGGGCCUCUUCAUUCAUAAAUCAUCAUAUUGGUAAAAAUACAAUUUCUAUUAACCACAGAAGAUUAGUUGUGGAUGAGAUCAUGAAGGCUGGUAGAAAAUUGGCCAAGAAAGGAAAAUGCCCCUUGAUGUAUGAAUGGCAUGGGAAGAAGUACUGGGGUGCUGCUCAUGGACUAGCGGGGAUUAUGCAUGUGUUGAUGGACAUGGAACUGAAACCUGAUGAGGUCGAGGAUGUAAAGGGCACACUACGCUACAUGAUUAAGAAUCGCUUUCCCAGUGGCAAUUAUCCUUCCAGUGAAGGAAGUGAAUCAGACCGUCUAGUGCAUUGGUGCCAUGGUGCUCCUGGAGUAUCUCUUACCCUUGUGAAGGCAGCUGAGGUGUUUGGAGAUAAGGAGUUUCUGCAAGCAGCUAUGGAUGCAGGGGAUGUUGUAUGGAAUCGUGGGCUGCUAAAGCGAAUCGGUAUCUGUCAUGGCAUCAGUGGAAAUGCUUACGUCUUUCUUGCACUCUACCGAUUGACAAAUAAGGUGGAAUACUUGUACAAGGCUAAAGCAUUUGCUUGCUUCCUACAUGAUAGAGCUCAAAGACUCGUAUGUGAGGGUAAGAUGCAUGGCGGUGACCGUCCCUACUCACUGUUUGAAGGUAUUGGAGGAAUGGCUUAUCUCUUUCUAGACAUGAUUGAACCUUCGGAGGCCAGGUUUCCUGCUUAUGAACUUUAAGUUCCCUUUUUUUUUGUAAUAUAUUAGGAAAACUACAUGUAUGUAUAUAUAGCAUCUGUGUGAGACUGAUUGACUCGUGGUGUAACCAAGUAUAUGAAAGACUUAGCUACUAGUAGAAAACUUAUGGUCAGAUACUUUCUAAAUAGCUUUUCCCUUCCAGUACA